AUGACAUCUGUUCCAGAUAGUGUAGAGUCAUUUAGCGAGACGGCUAACUCCAGCCAGCCUGCUAAUGUUACAAUUGAACGGUUACGUCGUGACAAUAUGAAUGAAAAGAUCCAAGAGAUUUUGAAUUUAAUCCCAACAGAGUUUUUUGAAGAACAUCUGAGAGCAAAAUCAGCUUCUGCCAAUACUUUAGAAGCGAAUUCUUUGAAUGACCAAAUAAAAGCUAGCGGUACCAAAGAUGGGAAACCCAACAAGGGCCAGAUCUUGACUCAAGCAGUUGAAUACAUCAUCCACUUACAGAAUGAAAUCGAUGCCAACAACAGAGAAGAAGUAGACAUGCUUGCUCAGUUACAGGAGUUGAGCAAACAGAAAGGAGUGAUUGUCAAUGAUGUGAACCUGGAAAAUACAAUUGCAGAAGAAAUGCUUGCUAAAAUUGGCGUUGGUCCAUUAAGUGCACAAAACGAAGAGAAUAAAACCGACUUGAAUGCACGAAAAGAAACCUCCAACAACCAACAAACUCAGAAACUAGAGUACGGAGGCUAUUCAGAGUAUGGAAAUGGAUUAUAA